AUACACCUUUUUAUUAUUUUUUCCUUCUUCAUUUGAAAAUUAUCAGAUUUUCGAUCGCUUCAAUGACGGACUAUAAGAGAAGUGGAAAAAAUCUUGUAGGAGUGAAAAGCAUGGAUAGAAUAUGUGGCGAUCGAAAAUAUGUCUUUGGUGUAUACGGUCAUGUGAAAGGAAUUUCUGUAUCAAUUUUACUUGCUUUGUUAUGAUUGUUUAUCCUCCAAGCAAAAGUGACCAAAAUAUUAUUGGAUUAUUUACCCAGCUAUUUAAGAAUUAAAGCAAUAUUAUUUGUCCAGCCCCUGCUUUGCCAGUUUGAGAAGACGUUGGGUAUUAAAAAGGUUUGACAGAAGGGGAUCGACGCUGUCUUGUCACAAAGUAUUUUGUGUUUUUUAAUCAAAAUUGAAGAAAAAAAUUGAGAACUUUUUGAAUUUCACUAUAGUUCAACUCAGAACUGACGAUUCAGUGUCCGGAAAAUUGUUUUUGAAGAGGAUUCUGAAAUUUUCAUUGGAGAUGAAUUAUAAAAUUUUUAAGAUAUCGUGGAUGAUUUAAAGGACUUUGUCAAGAUUAAAUGAGAUUUUAUUAAACUGAUCUGUUGACUCAAUUUGAACAUGACAUAAGUAGGUAAUUGAUACAUCGAAUGACUCGUACUAUCCCUGAUGGGUUACCCGCGAUGACAUCGAAGUUUCUGCUGAAUGGAUUUCUAUUAAUUCUAGUCGGAUUUCUUAUUGUGCCUGUGGAAAACACAUGGUGGUUUAUAAGUCAGCUGCCACUUCAUGCCGUAGGCGCGGGUGUACUCUGUGAUAAUAUCCCGGGCCUGGCCGGUCGGCAGCGCCGUCUCUGUAGAAUGCACCCGGGGGUGAUGGUCAGCCUAGGCGAGGGGGCCAAAAUGGGGAUCAAGGAGUGUCAGAGCCAGUUUCGGUUUCAUCGAUGGAAUUGCAGUACCCUCGACAGGGAUGCCUCUGUUUUUGGAAAAGUUAUGCUGAAAGUAGGAAGUCGAGAGUCUGCUUUUGUGUACGCCAUUUCUUCGGCUGGAGUUGCCCACGCCAUCACUCGGGCCUGCAGCAAGGGCAACCUACUCCAGUGUGGAUGCGAUCCUAGCAAGGUCGGCAAGAGUCGAGACAAACUGGGCUGGUUUGAGUGGGGCGGAUGUAGCGACAAUGUCCGGUGGGCUAGCCAUUUCUCUAGAAUGUUUAUUGAUGCAAGAGAGCGAAGAGUGCGUGACGCACGCGCACUGAUGAAUCUCCAUAACAACCGUGCAGGCAGACGAGCUGUUAAAAAGUUUAUGAAGCUAGCAUGUAAGUGCCACGGCGUGAGUGGGGCGUGCACCAUUAGAACGUGUUGGCAAGCUAUGCAGCCCUUUCGGCGAGUUGGAGAGUAUCUGAAGCGAAAGUACAAUGGAGCUACCCACGUCAUGAUAGAUCAAGGUGGUUCUGGUAUAGUUGUUGCAAAUCAUCACUUCAAAAAGCCCACGAGGAAAGAUUUGGUUUAUUUAGAGGCAUCCCCGGACUACUGUGUGCGUGACCUUUCCAUUGGUUCAUUGGGGACCGCCGGGCGCCAGUGUAAUAAAGCGUCAUUAGGAACUGAUGGAUGUGACAUCAUGUGUUGUGGGCGGGGCUAUGACACAGAAACUGUGACGCAAUUUCAAAAGUGUCACUGCAAAUUCCACUGGUGUUGUCAUGUGAAAUGUAAACUUUGUUCUAAGCGCGUGGACAUACAUACUUGCAAAGGACCGAGUCUCCAUGAUAAUAUUUCACACCGGAAGUCCAUACUUGGAUAGGCACUUCUGGUCUAACUUGUACUGACUUCCAUUUUUGGAACUGCAAUUUUCAAGAGUGCUACUGAAAUGAGUUACCGCGUGGUUUCGCAACAUACAAAAGCUGUCUAGUGAAGCCUUGUCUAUUUUUACAGUGUUAUGCAGUAUUUAUUGAACUAUUUAUAUUGGCAUUGUUUAUAUCAUAUUUAUUUGUUGACUGUCAUUUUCUAUUUGUUAAUGUUUUAAAUCUAGUUCUUAUACAUUUAUGUAUUUUUCAUAUGUACAUUAUUCCCAUUAAAAGA